AUGGAGCAAAAAGGCGCUCCAAAGCGCUCUCUCCGGACGCUAGCCAUUGCUUCGGCAGCUCUGGCUGUGACAUCCAUGGUGGCUACAUGUAUUAUUGUUCCAUUGGUGUACAAUCAUGUCCAGCACCUUCAGUCCGUGAUGAAUAGCGAGGUCGAUUUCUGUAAGACCAGAUCUCGUGACAUGUGGCGUGAAAUGGUCACUGUUCAAACUUCCACCGGUGGAAUCCCAGUCCGUACCGCCCGUCGUACCCGUCGUGAUAACUAUGGAGCCCAGCCAAUUGCUGCUAGCCCACCAUCCUCCGCAGCCGGAUCUUGCUGUACCUGCCAAGUUGGUCCACCAGGACCACCAGGACCCCCAGGAAGAGACGGUCGCCCAGGAGCUCCAGGACGUCCAGGAAAUCCAGGACCACCAGGAAGAGAUGGAGCUCUUCUUCCAGGACCACCACCAAAGCCUCCAUGCCAAAAGUGUCCACCAGGACCACCAGGACCAGCCGGACCACCAGGACCAAAGGGACUUCCAGGACCACAAGGCGACGCCGGAACCGCUGGACAAGAUGGAGUACCAGGACUACCAGGACCACCAGGACCAUCAGGACCACAAGGAGCGCCAGGAGUUCCAGGAGAGAAGGGACCAACCGGAGAGCCAGGAAAGGUCAUCAAUGGAGCUCCACCAGGACCACCAGGACCACCGGGACCGCCAGGACCGCAAGGACCACCAGGACCACCAGGAAAGGAUGGACAGCCAGGAAAAGCUGGACCACCAGGACUUCCAGGAGAUCCAGGAGAAAAGGGAUCCGAUGGUCUGCCAGGACCACACGGAGGAACCGGACCACGUGGACCACCAGGACAACCAGGAUCUUGCGAUCAUUGUCCACCACCAAGAACUGGACCAGGAUAUUAA